AUGGGGGCGGUGUUCGGAGGCAGCAGCAAGCAGGGCAGCCACGCGGUGUCGUUCCUCCUCGGCGCGGCGCUGCCCACUGCCCUCCUCUUCUUCCUCGCGUCCGACCGCCUCGGCGGGGGCUUCCCCACCAUCUCCAGCAGCUGGCGGGGCAACGGGUCGAUAUCGACCGCGCCGCAGGCUGCUGGCGCGGCUAAGCCGGCCACCGAUACUCUCGCCGCCGGCUCCGACGGCCGUGCCGCGCCUACGCAAGAUCACGAGGUAGAGUUCGCGGGCCUCGCCGAGCUGCUGGCGCGAGUGGCGACGGAGGACAGGACGGUGAUCAUGACGUCGGUGAACGAAAUAUGGACGCGGCCCAACUCCCUCCUCGACUUCUUCCUCAGCGGCUUCAGGAACGGCGAGGACACGGCGCACCUCGUCGACCACGUCCUCAUCGUCACCGUCGACGCCGGCUCCUUCAGCGGCUGCAAGGCCGCGCACCCGCACUGCUACCUCCUCGAGGUGAAGUCCAUGGACAUGAACAGGGCCAAGACGUUCGGGAGCCCGGAGUACGUGGAGCUGAACUGGCUCAAGCUCUCCGUCCAGCAGCGCGUCCUGGAUCUCGGCUACAACUUCCUCUUCACGGACGCCGACAUUCUGUGGCUUCGCAACCCGUUCCAGCGCAUCUCCGUGUACGCCGACAUGAGCUGCUCGCUGGACAACUCCAAGAUGGCGCCGACGCUCCUGGACUGCGAGAACAACAUCGGGUUCUACUACAUGAAGUCGACGAACCGGAGCGUCGAGAUGGUCAGGUACUGGCGCGCGGCGAGGGCGAGGUUCGACGGGAACCCGAACGAGCAGGUGGUAUUCAGCAAGAUCAAGCACGAGCUCAUCAGCAAGCUCGGGCUCAGGUUCCAGCCGCUGGAGACGGAGUACAUCAGCGGCUUCUGCGACUUCCAGGAUCACCUGGACAAGGUCUGCACCGUGCACGCCAACUGCUGCAUGGGGCUGGAGAACAAGGUGCAUGACCUCAAGAACAUUGCCGCGGAUUGGAAGAACUACACCAGCAUGACGCUGGAGCAAAGGAAGGAGGGGAGCUUCAAGGUGACACCCCCGCGCAAGUGCCAGAAGUCCAUGGGAUGGGUGUGA